AUGUUCAUAGUUAGUAUGUAUGCUUACAUAUAUGUCAGCAUCUGUGUGAAAAACAUUUAUUUUAUUUGGUGUAAAAAAACUGGUUUGAAAAAAAAACGUCGGGACUUAAAUAAAUUUUCAUUUGAAAUUUGGUCUUGGUGUGAACAAAGACGUUUGUGGCUUUUUGCAUCUUAUAUUCCCUCACAAGAAAAUACGAAAGCUGAUUUGGUUUCAAGAGUAGACAAUAUCGAUGCGGAAUGA